AUGCCUUCGCGUGCCGUUCGAUCGGUAGGAGAACAGCGGGGCCCCGUAGUAAUGCUGGUCGCAGGAUGCUUUGCCAUGGCUCUGGUUUCUCGUGUGAUAUUUGAAGGCAAAAACACCUUCGCCAUUGUUGUUUUCUGGAGAUUUAGGAAGGGAAGUAGUCUGUUGUUUUUCCAUCGUUUGCUCUUACACUUGGGUCAAGAACAUACCGUAAACUGUUUGCCGUUCACGCUCGCACUGGUUGAAGGUUUCGCGACACACGUAUCUAUUACAGUAAAACCCUCUUCGUCGACAGCCAUAAAAGCAAUCGCGUCGUCAGGAGAGGCAGUUGUUAAACUUAACAGAGGAACUGUGUUAGGAGGGGAGGAAAGGAGAAUUGGGGAGAGAAGGAGGAACUACGAACGGCUUCGAUUUCUGGUCUUGAGUGUUUGUUGUAUAGAGGCCGUAGAAGUAGAAGGAGUGGGGGUUGCUUCCAGCCCACGAGAACUGUGGAGAAAAAGUGAACCUGAACAGGAGAGAUCAGCUGGGACUGCACAAUCCUGGAUUAACUGUGUCGAUGCAUCCAAGGCACAUCUUCUAAAAUUUGAGGAAAACAGAGUUGGUAAUCUCGAUUGCCCGCCGCCUUUGCACUGCGACUACGAUAACAAUUUAUGCUUUACCACCAGACCACGUGCAGUAUGGAUAAAUAGUGAUGGUGAAAAGGUGAUAACACCUGGGACUGAAAUAUCCGAGAUUAACUGUGUCGAUACAUCCAAGGCACAUCUUCUAAAAUUUGAGGAAAACAGAGUUGGUAAUCUCGAAUGUCCGCCGCCUUUGCAUUGCGACUACGAUAAGAAUCUAUGCUUUACCUCCAGACCACGUGCAGUAUGGACAAAUAGUGAUGGUGAACAGGUGAUAACACCUGGGACUGAAAUAUCCGAGAUUAACUGUGUCGAUACAGCCAAGGCACAUCUUUUAAAAUUUGAGGAAAACAGAGUUGGUAAUCACGAAUGUCCGCCGCCUUUGCAUUGCGACUACGAUAAGAAUCUAUGCUUUACCUCCAGACCACGUGCUUUGUGGAUAAAUAGUGAAGGUGAACAGGUGAUAACACCUGGGACUGAACUAUCCACGAUUAACUGUGUCGAUACAUCCAAGGCACAUCUUCUAAAAUUUGAGGAAAACAGAGUUGGUAAUCACGAAUGUCCGCCGCCUUUGCACUGCGACUACGAUAACAAUUUAUGCUUUGCCUCCAAACCACGUGCAAUAUGGAUAAAUAGUGAUGGUGAACAGGUGAUAACACCUGGGACUGAAAUAUCCGAGAUUAACUGUGUCGAUGCAGCCAAGGCACAUCUUUUAAAAUUUGAGGAAAACAGAGUUGGUAAUCACGAAUGUCCGCCGCCUUUGCAUUGCGACUACGAUAAGAACCUAUGCUUUGCCUCCAAACCACGUGCAAUAUGGAUAAAUAGUGAUGGUGAACAGGUGAUAACACCUGGGACUGAAAUAUCCGAGAUUAACUGUGUCGAUACAGCCAAGGCACAUCUUUUAAAAUUUGAGGAAAACAGAGUUGGUAAUCACGAAUGUCCGCCGCCUUUGCAUUGCGACUACGAUAAGAACCUAUGCUUUACCACCAGACCACGUGCAGUAUGGAUAAAUAGUGAUGGUGAAAAGGUGAUAACACCUGGGACUGAAAUAUCCGAGAUUAACUGUGUCGAUACAGCCAAGGCACAUCUUUUAAAAUUUGAGGAAAACAGAGUUGGUAAUCACGAAUGUCCACCGUCUUUGCAUUGCGACUACGAUAAGAAUCUAUGCUUUACCUCCAGAACACGUGCUUUGUGGAUAAAUAGUGAAGGUGAACAGGUGAUAACACCUGGGACUGAACUAUCCACGAUUAACUGUGUCGAUACAGCCAAGGCACAUCUUCUAAAAUUUGAGGAAAACAGAGUUGGUAAUCACGAAUGUCCGCCGCCUUUGCACUGCGACUACGAUAACAAUCUAUGCUUUGCCUCCAGACCACGUGCAAUAUGGAUAAAUAGUGAAAGUGAACAGGUGAUAUCACCUGGUACUGAACAAUCCACGAUUAAUUGUGUCGAUACAGCCAAGGCACAUCUUCUAAAAUUUGAGGAAAACAGAGUUGGUAAUCUCGAAUGUCCGCCGCCUUUGCACUGCGACUACGAUAACAAUCUAUGCUUUGCCUCCAGACCACGUGCAAUAUGGGUAAAUAGUGAAGGUGAACAGGUGAUAUCAUCUGGUACUGAACAAUCCACGAUUAAUUGUGUCGAUACAUCCAAGGCACAUCUUCUAAAAUUUGAGGAAAACCGAGUUGGUAAUCUCGAAUGUCCACCUCCUAUGCACUGCGACUACGAUAACAAUAUAUGCUUUACCCCCAGACCACGUGAACUGUGGAUAAAUCGUGAUGGUGAACAGGUGAACCCAGCUGGACCUAACUGUGUCGAUCCCGAGAACGCACAUCUUCUGAAAUUUGAGGAAAACAGAGUUGGUAAUCUCGAUUGCCAGCCGCCUUUUCACUGCGACUACGACAACAACCUAUGCGUUGCCUCCAGUCCACGUGCACUGUGGAUAAAAGAUGGACCUGGGCAGGUGAGAACAGCUGUACCUACGCAAUCUGGGGUUAACUGUGUUGACCCUGUUUACCAACAUCUUCUUAAAUUUGCAGAAAACAGAGUUGCUUCUAGUCCACGUGGACUGUGGAUGAAAAAUAAAAUUCCACAGGAGAGAACUGCUGGACCUGGAGAUUUAGUGGUUAACUGUGUCCCUGCUGCGUACGCACCUCUUCUUCAAUUUAAGGAAAAUAGAGUUAGUAAUCUAGAUUGCCAGCCGCCUUCGCAAUGCGAUUACGAUAACAAUCGAUGCGUCAGUUGCCUCCCGCCGACGAGCCUUGUGGAGAGCAAACAAACUUGCACGGGGAAGACCAAGUGGACCUGCACAACCUGGGAUCAAUUGUGUCGAUCCUGCGUACGCACAUCUUCUACAACUCAACAAAUUUUCUAGGUUGAGAAUUGGCAACUUAGACUGCCCGCCGCCUUUGAUCUGCGACUAUUAUAUAAAUCAAUGCGUUGCCUCCAGCCCACGUGCACUGUGGGUAAAAGGUGAUCUUGCACAAGGGAGAACUGCUGGACCUGCACAAUCUGGGGUUAACUGUGUCGAUCCCGAGUACGCACAUCUUCUAAGAUUAGAGGAAAACAGAGGUGGUAACCUAAAUUGCCAGCCGCCUUCGCGAUGCGACUACGAUAACAAUCUAUGCGUUAACUUCAGAUCACAUGCACAGUCAGGAAUAAGUGGACCUACACAACAUGCGGUUAACUGUGUCGAUCCUGAAAACGCCUAUCUCCUUCUUGUUACGUCAAAUAGAGUUGGUAACCUAGGCUGCGACCCUUUGCAAUGCGACUACGAUAACAAUUUAUGUAUUGUCACCAGCACACGUGCACUAUGGGAAGGAGGAAUAAAACCUGCAGAACCUUCGCUUAAUUGUGUCGAUCCCGCGGAUGCCCAUCUCUUACUAAUUAACGAAAAUAGAGUUGGUAACUUAGGCUGCGACCCUUUCGAAUGCGACUACGAUAACAAUUUGUGUGUUGCUCCCAAACAACGUGCAAGGUUUGGAAUAGAUGGAACUGCACAACUUUCAUCACACUGUGUCGAUCCCGCGGAAGCCCAUUUAUUACUAUCUAAAGAAAAUAGAGUUGGUAACCUAGGCUGCGACCCUUUGCAAUGCGACUAUGAUAGCAAUUUAUGUGUUGCUCCCAAACUAAGUGCAAGGCGGGGAAUAGAUGAACCAGAACGACCUGCGAUUAACUGUGUCGAUCCUGCGGAAGCUCAUCUCUUACAAUUUAAAGAAAAUAGAGUUGGUAACUUAGGCUGCGACCCUUUGCAAUGCGACUACGAUAACAAUUUAUGUGUCAGUAUACUUCAUUAUUAGAUUUUUUUUUUUAAUAACUGAGUUAAAAAAACUGAGACUACUUAUUGGAAAUCCAAUUUACAAACGAGAUAAAAUAAAUAGUCCUUCAUCAUACAUACCCAUUAGCCUCCUUCCUGUAUGCUCUCAAAUUUUUGAAAAAUUAAUACACUUAAGACUCGUUGACAUAUUGACUGACCGAUAGAUGAUACCUGACCACCAGUUCGGCUUUCACACAUUCCAUUCGAAAACACAUCAAUUACACAGAGUUACGGACUUCUCAAUCAAUUACUGAAGCUUUAGAACAAAAAUUAUACGCACCUAGCGUAUUUUUGGAUGUUGUUCAGGCUUUUGACAAAGUUUGGCACCAGGGUAUUCUCUAUACCUAAGACUAUACUGCCAUACACGUACUACUCUAUCAUUCAAUCAUUACUCUUAGACAGAUUUCUUUCUGUUUGGGAGAACUCAGAAAAAACUUCAUGUUGCCCAAUCUUGACAAGAAUUCACCAAUCUUCAAAAUUAGCCUCUCUAUAUUACAUACAACAAUUUUCACAAAACAUCAAGACCCUACACAACAGCACUGAUUUAAGUUACAAGAUUGGUUUAAACUUUGGAAAAUUUGACUAAAUUAUGAAUAAUCCAACAUCAUGAACCUUAAUAAUCCAAACAUAUAACAUUUAAUUUUUUAAAAAUCACCUGCCCUUCAGUUUAUAUUGACAACAAUCCAACUUCUCAAACGAACACGGUACUUUAUCUUGGACCGCAUGUAAAAAUGAAAUGUAAGACACUUAACAAAUGACUCAAACUACUUAACUCUCUUUUUGCUAAAUCUUCAAACCUAAAACUGAGAGAGGCACUGAUACACAUACUUAAACUCAUAUGGGCAUACUCAUCACAAAUAUACAGUAUCGCUAAAAGGACCAACAUACAAAAAUUUCAUACCUUCAAAUCAAAAUUAUUGCCACUCAUAACAAAAUUAUCUAACAAAACUCUACAUACUGAUCUCCACCUCCCAAUAGUUGAUUAAAUAAAAACUAAAAAAAAAGUAAUCAAAGAAAUUGAAAUAUCUAAUAUGUUAAUUGGUUCAGGAUUAAUUAUUUGCAAUUCUUUUCUCAAAGACUGUUUUUUUUCAUCAUCCUUUCUAAUUACCAACAGUACCUGUGUUAAUUAUGGUCUUCAAUAGGUUCCAAAUUAAAAUUACCUAACUAAAAAACUUUAAAUUAUUCAUAAGUUCAAUAAAGAAUAAAUAUGAGGUGUGAUUAAACAAACGUUAUAACACUAUAAAUGUACAGAAACAUGAAUGUACAAAUUAUAUUGAAAUAUUUAUGUACAAAUUAUAUUGAACUAUUUAUGUACAAAUUAUAUUGAAAUAUUUAUGUACAAAUUAUAUUGAAAUAUUUAUGUACAAAUUAUAUUGAAAUAUUUAUGUACAAAUUAUAUUGAAAUAUUUAUGUACAAAUUAUAUUGCAAUAUUUAUGUACAAAUUAUAUUUAAAACAAUCUAAUUAAAAACAUGGUUUCAUAUAUUUAAUAAGAACUCUAAAUGAACAUAUGAUUCACAUGUACUGGUUUGAGACAUAUGCCAUAAAAUAUUUUAACAUUAAUAAAUCUACUGUU